AUGGCCGUUGAAUCCAGUAAGAAGACAGGCAGUGUCACUGUAGAUGGUAGUCUGGCGUCAAUCUAUGGACUCGUCUACUCAUUCCUCGCGAAACACUCGCACACAAAAGCAGCGGAAGCUGUAAAGAAGGCUGCCCGGGAUGUCGUUGUCCUGAAGGCCGAUGUCGCGCCAGCGGGGCCAUUUCUGGAAGACAUAGUGAAGCAGUGGAAGAUUCUAAGUAAGAAGCAAACCAAGAAGUUGACGUUAGACUCGGCCUCAGACUCUUCUGAUAAUAGCAGCUCUGAUUCUGAUUCCGAUUCAUCAGCGGACGCUUCAGGCUCUUCAUCUUCAGAAGAUGAAGGAAAGAAGAUUUCAAAGACAAUAACGGCCAAAGAGCCGACUGCCGCUGCUAAAGUAACAUCACGUCCGGCUACCUCACCGCCUCGCUCAAGCAAGACAAUAUUGAGCCAGGAUGGUGAUAUCGAGGACGAUGAUAGUGACGAUGAUACCGAUUCUCAGUCCCCUGAUGCCACACUCAAGGCGAAGAAGGUAGAGAACUCUGCUGGACCACAGGCCAACAAGAAGUUGGAGAGCAGUGACGAGGACAGUAGCAAUGAGGAGAGCGGCGAGGAUAGCUCGAGUGAUGACGAUGAAACAGAGAAGGAAGUGGUGAAGAAGUCAGCGAAGAAGAUCUCGAAAGGCAGUGAUGAAAGCAGUUCAAGUGACGAGGAGGGAGAGAAGGUAGCAAAACAUUCAGCACAAAAGGCCGUCGCAGUCAAGCAGGCUCUGAAGAAAACGAAAGGCAACCGCAGCGAUUCUUCUGAGGAAGAAUCAUCGAGUGAUGGUACAUCGAGCUCUGACUCUGACUCCUCAGAUUCCGACUCUUCGAGCGCGGCGACAACAAAGAAGCCCCUCUCUAAACUCGUGAAAACUCCCAAAACUCUUGCCAAGGUAGCUGCUGCACCGACAGCUGAGCCUGUGGUGGCUGAUGUCGAUGUCGAUGUCAAAGCCAUCAAGAAGCGGCGGAUAUCAGAGAGCGGAGCAGCCUUUUCGAGCGCGACUGCGAGCACCGCCCGUCAGGAGGACGAGGCAGUGUCCAAAGCGUCUGAUCGCACAAAGACGGGCGCGAGAGUUCCUGUGAACGGUAACGCGCAGAACGCCAAUGCGAACGGAAACGGGCAGGGAAACGGGAAGGGCAAGCCGAGGAAGGCCAACUCCCCAUUCCGACGCAUAAAGCCUGAGACUGUCCAUUUCCAUGACCAGCGUUUGGCGAACAACGGCUUUGAUGCGAGGGGCGCAGGCGCAGGCGAUUAUGGUGAGCGUGCUGCACGCGACUUAAUCGUCACCCGAGGUGCUGGCUUCCGGAAAGAGAAGAAUAAAAAAAAGCGGGGCAGCUAUCGCGGGGGAGAAAUAACAAGUCACAGCAUCAAGUUCGACGACUAG